CGCCAGGGCCAGGCAGGGAACAGUGGAUUCCCCCCACUUGAGCUCCAGCUCUGCUCCUUCCAUUCCAAUCCGGCGGCCCCUGUCCGUUGCGUUUCUUUCCCAUAGAAAACCGCGAGCGCCCCCCCCCACCCCCAACACCCCCACCCUCUCGAGUCCACCGCGCCGCACCACGCCAUAGAACAGAAUGUUCUUGGAUGCUCCUGCGGCCAGAACAUUCCCUUCCCUCCCCUGUAUCCGUCGUCCCUUCCGUAAACAACAGAGGAGAGGAAGGCCUCGACCUCCCCUUCCCUAAUCCGGACCCCUAAUCCUCCUCCUCCUACUCUCCUGCAGCGUCCCGGGUUCUUGGGCUCCCAGGGGUUUCUCCUUUCUCUUCUUCCUCUAGGUGCUGGCUGGGGUUUAGGUGCACCACGCCGCGCCGCGCCAGCCUCUUGGCUUCUUUCCUUUCCGGUUCCCGCGCAAAGUUUGGAUCUUGCCGGGUCAAUUGGAGCCGCCGCCGCCAGAACCCGCCAGAGGAGGCGAGGGUCUGAACAGGGAUUCCGCUUUGGUUCAGAAGCUCUCCUCUGUAGAUGUGCAACUUCGUGUGGCUCUUCCGCGUAAUCUGGCGGAUCUUCAGCGUCGCCUUCUGACGCUCCACCCCGUGGUCUUCACUUCACCGCGGCCAGCGGCCUCGCCACUGGAUUGAGCCUCUUCUCGUGGGGGGAAGUUGUCCGCGUCCUUCGUCAGUGUUCUUCUGGAGAUUUCGGCUCAAGCGCGUGGAGGAUUAAAAAAUUAAACAAAAAGAAAGCUGCAACCUUGCUGCCUUUGAUCUCAGGAACCCAGCGGCCAGCUCAUUGAUGUAGUGUGGUGUCCUCUGUACUAGGCCUUGAAGCAGCAGCUGCAGCUCCAGGAUGGCCUGCCAGAAGCUGGGAUCCAGAGCAGAUGUGUUCAGGAAGCAAGGGCAGGAAUGGUAUUGUACAUCUGGUCUUCCUAGUGAUAUGACUGUGGUAGUUGGGGAGCAGUCUUUCCAUCUUCACAAGUUUCCUCUAUUAUCAAAAAGUGGCCUGUUGGAGGGGCGUAUCAGAGAGAAAAUUGAUAAGGGGGAAGACAGUUGGGUUAUUGAUCUAUCUGAUAUCCCUGGUGGAGCAAAGGCUUUUGAACUAGCUGCUAAGUUUUGCUAUGGUGUAAAGUUUGAAAUGACUGCAUCCAAUGUCGUACACCUCCGUUGUGCUGCUGAUUAUCUUGAAAUGACAGAAGAGAUGUCUGAGGGAAAUUUGAUUGCACAGACAGAGAACUUCCUUACCCAAACAGUGCUCAGGAGCUGGAAAGACUCGGUUAAGGCGCUUCAAACUUGUGAUGACGUCCUUGAUAUUGCCGAAAGAUUGCAAAUUAUAAAGAGGUGUGUAGACUCCAUUGCAACUAGAUCAUGCAGUGAUCCUGAUUUAUUUGGUUGGCCAGUAGCCCAGUAUGGAGGCCCCAUGCAGAGUCCUGGAGGCAGCCUCUUGUGGAAUGGUAUUAGCACGGGAGCAAGGCCCAGAAAUAGCAGCCCAGAUUGGUGGUAUGAUGACGUCUCAUGCUUAAGCCUUCCCUUAUACAAAAAACUCAUCUCAGCCAUGGAAUAUCGGGGCAUCAGUCAGGAGAUUAUCGUUGGAUCCCUUAACCAUUAUGCAAAAAGGCGUUUGCCUGGUUUGAAUCGGCGUAAAAGCAUCAGUGAUGCCAGUAACUGUCUUUCUAUUACAAGUUUAACAUCCAUCCCCUCUGAAGAUGACCAGAAGUAUCUUCUUGAGGAGAUCGAUAGACUACUACCUUUCCAAAGGGGUGUUACAUCUUGCAAGCUACUGUUUGGCCUUCUGCGCACAGCGAUUUUUCUGAAAGCCAGCCCCUCCUGCUUGUCCAAUUUGGAGAGACGGAUAGGUAUGCAGCUUGACAAGGCCAGUCUGGAAGAUCUUUUGAUACCAAACAUCUCCGAGUCUGUAGAAACACUAUAUGAUGUGGAUUGUGUGCAGAGGAUUGUAGACCAUUUCUUGGCAAUGGACCAAGAAACUGGUGGGGCCUCCCCUGGCCUUGGUGAAGAUGGGCAAAUCUUAGCUUCACCAUCUUUAAUGCCGAUAACAAUGGUUGCUAAGUUGAUUGAUGGUUAUCUGGCUGAAGUUGCACCAGAUGAGAACUUGAAGCUGCCAAAAUUCCGGUCUUUGGCAGCUGCUAUACCGGAGUAUGCCCGACCAAUAGAUGACGGACUUUAUCGUGCUAUCGACAUAUAUCUUAAGGCGCAUCCAUAUCUGUCUGAAUCGGACAAAGAAGAGCUCUGCCGGGUGAUGGACUGCCAGAAGCUGUCCCUGGAGGCGUGCACCCACGCGGCGCAGAACGAGCGCCUCCCGCUCCGCGUCAUCGUGCAGGUGCUCUUCUUCGAGCAGCUCCAGCUGCGGAGCUCCAUCGCGGAAUGCCUCAUGAUCUCCGAGCCCCUUGACGGCGGUGUCUCACGGCAGCUAGGCGGCCAACCCGUCUCCGGCGAGCACCACCGCGGUGUCGCCGGCUGGCCCCUGGCCGCCAGGGAAAACCAGACCCUGCGUGAAGGCAUGGACAGCAUGAAGCAGCGGGUGGCCGAGCUGGAGAAGGAGUGCACCGCCAUGCGGCAGGACAUCGAGCGGCUUGGCCGCAGCCGAAGCGCCGGCAAGAGCAGGUUCCCGUUCGCGCUCGCCGCCGCCAAGCCGCAGGUUUGCAGCACGAAGGACAAGGAUGCUGCUCCGGAGACGUCAAAGACGUCGGCGACGGAGGGCGAGGACAAGGUGGCCGUGGUGAAGGGUGGUGCCGGCGGUGAGGGGGCGACGCAGCUGAAGCUCAGGAAGCACAAGAUGAAGCUGUCAACCUGUUAGCUAUUCUACAUACAUAUACUAGUACAGACCCAGGAUGAACUUGGCGCCUGAUGAAAAUCUCAUCUUAUGCUAAAGUUUUUUUUGACAUUUGCUAAGUAAGUGAAAAAUGCAUAGCACUAUCAGCAUCUUUUGACACAAA